AUGGCGGUGAACUGGCUGGAUCAGUGCAGAAGAAAUUGCAACGGUGAACACGAUACGUGCAUCGCCAAGGACCCAUUAUGGCUGCCGACGAGACUUCUGGAUCUGAGCCACGCCAACCCGGGAGGCAGUGUACCUGUGGUCUCUCGAGAGAAUCGCCCCGAGCUCUUUGCCGCCCAUCACGAAUACAUCACGCUCAGCCACUGCUGGGGCGACUGGCGCGAGGCGGGACUACCGCGCCUGCUCGAGGAGAACAAGGACCAGUACGAGCGGGAGGGCGUUUUGUUUGACGACCUGCCACCCCUGCUGCGAGACGCCAUGGAGAUUGCUCAGUGGUUCAACGUGCGCUGGCUGUGGAUGGACUCGUUGUGUAUCGUCCAGGACUCGCCAAGCAUGGCCGACUGGAACCGCGAGGCUCCCCUCAUGUGCAAAGUAUACAAGCAUGGGCUGCUCAACAUCUCGGCCGACGCCUCAGAUGACGCCCGCAGCGGCUGUCUUCAUGACCGCCCCGCGGCGCAGUGGAUCGCCAAGGCUCCUCUGUCGCAGCGCGCCUGGGUCUUCCAAGAGCGCCAUCUGGCCCGGCGGGCGCUGCACUUGACCAAGCACGAGGUCCUUUGGGAAUGCUGCCCGGCUAAGCCCUACAUUGCGUGCGAGACCCUGUCGACGGGACACGAUCAAAAGGCCCGGCACCGAGCCUGGCUCGAUCUAUGCGAGGACUAUUCCGCCAGAGCCCUGAGCUUCGAGAAAGACCGGCUGCCUGCGCUUGCCGGCCUGGCCGCCGAGUUUGCGGAUCUGAUUCCUGAAGAUCGCUACGUUGUGGGUUUUUGGUCCUCGGCUCUGCCCGCUGUCCUGCUUUGGUCGAGCAAACGAAGAGUGCGACAGAAGGGUGUGCGCGCCGCCUAUGUCGCGCCGUCUUGGUCGUGGCUAUCAUCGUGCUCGGCCGUCCGCUUUGACACGGAGACCGAUACCAGCAUUCAACACAUCAUCGCCAAUGUCAUUGACAUCAAUGUAACACCAUCCACGCCUUCUCCAUUUGCCAUGGUCCAGCCGGGAGCAUCCAUAGAACUGAGAGGUUUUGUG